UAGUUAAAACGGUACCGUUUUGUGAAUCAAGACGUUUGAAAACCGCCUCCAAAUCCUGUCUCUCUUCACACCCUCUCCUGUCUCUCCAAACCUUUAUUUUGAAAACCCCAUUUUGAGCACAGCCGUCACUCACUCACACUCUCACUCUCUUUCUCUCUCUUUCUAUCAGAUGAUCGAUUGUUCUUCAGUCUCUUACGCAGUGAUUCUUCUUCGAUUCUUCUUCAGUUCGGUGAUUCUUCUUCGAUUUUGAGCACAGCUCCGUGAUUUAUCUCCAUGGAUUUGGAAUUCGUCUUCUUCGAUCAGAGGUCUUAAGCCCGGGUUCUCGAUUCUUCUUCACUCUCUUACUCUGUGAUUGUUCUUCGAUUCUUCUUCUGGUUGGUGAUUCAUCUCGGGAUUGCGAUUUGGAAGCUCCAUUUUGAGCACAGCGCCGUGAUUUAUCUCUGUGGAUUUGGAACUCUUUGGCUUCUUCGAUCAGAGAAUGAGCUCAAGGCCAGGUGGGAUGUAGACAAGUCAAUGCUAGAAGAAUCAAAGAAUUUAGCUGAGAAUAAGUACAAUGAAAUUAAUGAACAGGUCAUUGAUUGAUUUGCUUCAUGAAUAUGCUUAUGAUGUCCAGUAGACUCUUUUAUGCACAUCACAUAUCACAUAUUUAUGUACAUAACUGUAUGCAUGUAUAUUUAGUCAAUGCCAUAAAUCAAUUAAAAUAAGUAUGAAAACGUAUCCAAACUCCUCUUCAUUUGGCUAGAAGUUGUGCAAGAGCAAUGCAUGUCAUUAUAGUUUGUAAGUCACAUUCGUAACUCACAUUGAGAGAUGAAGAAGAUAACAAAUAAAUUAAGUGGGAAGUCAGAGAGAGAGAGAGAGAGAGAGGUCUUUGAGAACCCACUUUAAAGUAGGAGGGACCUGCAAGAGGUUGUUUUCUCUUUAUGUAGUAGUAUGGAUUUCGAGGUUCUGAAUCAGAUAUGCAGUAAAAAACAGUGUCAUGAUAUUAAUUGGAUGUUGUGCUUUGUCUAUUAUUUUUCUUUCUUGGAACUGUUAUGUGGGUUGAAUGUUUGGAUAGGUUAAAAUCUGCAAGAUCAUAAGAUUUGUGUUUAAUUCAUCUCAUGGUGAUGAUGGCAAAUUGAACAGUUAAUUCACUUCUUUCAUAAAUUUUAGCAAUUUAUUCAUUUUAUAGCAAUCAUGCAACAAAAAAGGCACAUAAUAAUAUUGUUAAAUACAAUUUUAAGAAUUUGGGUGAUGGAAACUCCAGAAGGUGGUGUUAAGAAUUUGGGUGAUAGUUCACCUUUGAUGCAGUCUAAAGGGUACAAGGAGGUAAAAAGCCUUGGUGCUUCUAUUGAUCAAUCUAUUGAUGUUGCUGGAAUCUGCAAUGAGGCAGCUACUCUUGAUCAAGAAGACAUGGUUAUUGAUGAAAGUAACUCUGGUGAACCAUGGGUUCAAGGACUUAUGGAAAGCAAGUAUUCUGAUCUGAGUGUUGAGGAACGCCUUAGUGCCGUUGUUGCUUUAAUUGGUGUUGCGAAUGAAGGAAACUCAAUUCGCAUUAUUCUAGAGGAAUGUUUGGAAGCCGCAAAUGCUCUAAAGAAGCAAAUGUGGGCAGAGGUACAACUUGAUAAAUGCUGAAUGAAAGAGGAGUAUGCGAUGAAGAUACAGUAUCCAUCUUGCAUCAGUGACAAGACUGAACCAAAUGUUCAAAUUUCUUCUGUUGAGGGCAGGCAAAGCCCAUUGCCUACUGUUGAUGACAAAAAUAAUUUGGUAUCAACAAAUCCUGUAGAACAGAAAGAGCACCUUCAUGACGCACAGAAUGACCCCAACUAUCCUAUUCAUAUGCCCUCCAAACGGAACCCACAAAUACAAGAGGUCUCUACAUGCACAGAUAAUCUUUCACUCCUGCAACCUGGAUAUGCUGCUGAAAGGUCAUGGUCGCAGUUAAAAUCUUAUAUUGGUCAUAAGGCAGAAGAGAUGUAUGUAUACAGGUCCUUGCCUCUUGGGCAAGAUCGCAGGCGGAACCGUUACUGGUAGUUUAUAACGUCUUCUUCUCGAAAUGAUCCUGGGUCUGGCAGGAUUUUCGUUGAGUUACGUCAUGGCUGUUGGAGGCUUAUUGAUUCUGAAGAGGUAAGUGUUAUUAUUUAGUUAUGCAUUAUUUUCUAAAUUGUUGUUAUGCUAGGUCUGAGCGUAUGUUAUGCAUAUAUUAGUGCCAAUUGUUAUUUUCUUGUUUAGCAGCAGCUACUCCUUGUUUUUGUGCCCCUUUUCUUCGGGUAUAAAAAGGUUCUCGUGGUCUUACUUUUUAUUAAAAUUUCUUCAAGAGUUCUUACUUGGAAAGGAUUGCAUGUAGUAAUUGGUGUUUACCCUUUGUUCUUUGAAAUCUGCUGUUAUGUUAAUUUUUUAUUUAUUUAUUUUUGUUUCAAUCUCUCUAGAGGAUUAUGAGGCUUUCAUUUCUUAGUUUUUAUGAAUUUCUCAAGAUUUCUUUGGUUUGUGACUAUUCAUUUUGUUUGAUAUGGUGGCUAAAUCAAAUUGUGCCUGGUUCUGAUUGAGAUCUUAUCUAUAGCUUGCGGCAAGGCUUGGAUCUCCAGAGUCAUUACAAC